UUCAUUAAUCGUGAUGAUACCCGUUUCUAGUAAUUAUACACUUGAACAAAAUAAUUUGAUGUUCCGUUACUGCAAUACACUCAUGAGCUAACAGUACCAGGGCAAUAAAAGCUCCACAGCUGCAUUCAGAAGUCUUUAUUUUCACACGUUUGCUCAAUUUGUAUCAUACAAUUUUAAACAUACAGUGCAACAUGUUGAGACUUGCCCUUCUACUCGUACUGGCACAGACAGGUUUGGGACAAGUGGUUUCGUUCGGACAAUGUCCAAAUGUCACAGCAAUGGAUAACUUUGAAGCGGAUAAAUACAUGGGCAAAUGGUACGAACUGGAAAGGUACUUUGCUGUUUUUGAGUUCGGAGGAGAAUGUGUUACUGCAACUUACACGUUAAACGAGAACGAAACCAUCACAGUAAUGAACACUCAAACUAGCGCUAUCACCAGAAUGCAGGCUUCAAUAAACGGCGAAGCAAAAUUCGAUGGUCCUACAAAUGAAGCCAAACUAUCCGUAGCUUUUUCAUUAUUACCAGAAAGGUUUGCGGCACCUUAUUGGGUUCUUGGUACGGAUUACGAACAUUACACAGUCGUUUGGUCAUGCCUCAAUAUGGGAUUUCUACAUUCAAGGAAUGCUUGGAUUUUAGCCAGAACCCAAACACUAACACCAGAAUUGCUAAGUGAAGCUCAUGCGAUUUUGGAUAAGAACAACAUAUCCAGACUCUAUUUUAUCCGAACAAACCAGAGAAAUUGUAAGGAUGUGUAAUUUGAUUAAUUAAAAUGAGUAUUUAAGGAAAAUUUUCCCAGAAUGAGCUACGGAUUUAAGUCACUUAAAAACAUUUAGUGUUAUUUGUAUACAUUUAGUUUAAAUAUAACGUAAAACAGU